AUGGCCACCCCGAUUUCAUCACAACCAAUGAACAUGACCUUCAGAAUUCGAUUUCAGGUGCGUUCUUGCCACGAUGUGAUCUGGAAGGUUACUACCGUCCUGAACAGUGUCACAACGGGAUACUGUUGGUGUGUUGAUCGAUUUGGACGUGAAUUCGAUAAGUCUCGUACCAAAGGCGAACUCCCCGAUUGCGGACAAUACGAUGAUAUGGUGGUUGACGGUCAAAUUUCCGUCGAUGAAUGGUGUGAUUGUUUCUCGUUUGCUGACGAUCUUCGCCAUGAACCACCAUGCCACAAAAAGAAGCACUCUGUUGAUCCUCAUAUGACC